AUGCGUUUAUCGCGAACCAUUAAUAUCGUUGGGUGUCAUGCCGAAGGAGAGAUCGGCGAUGUGGUCGUUGGCGGUGUCCUCGAUGUCCCAGGCAAAACGAUGUACGAUAAGAUGAUGCAUUUUUGGACCAAGGGCGACCACCUGCGCCAGCUGCUGUUAAACGAGCCCCACGGAAAGCCCUCAAGAAAUGUCAAUGUCGUGCUCCCCCCCUGUGACCCCCGGGCAGACGCCGGAUUCCUCAUCAUGGAAAGUGAGGAAUACGCUCCAAUGUCGGGGUCCAAUGCGAUCUGUACAGCAACGGUGCUGCUGGAGACGGGCAUGAUCAAGUUGCAGGAGCCUACUACUGUUGUAAAUCUAGAUACAGCUGCAGGACUGGUCACGGUGACGGCCGACUGCGAGGGUGGCAAGUGCAAGGCUGUCGCUUUUGAUAACGUCCCAUCGUUUGUGUUUGCACUUGAUUUUGAGGUCGACGUCCCGGGAUUAGGGAAGAUCCUUGUCGAUAUCGCGUGGGGUGGUAUGCUAUAUGCUCUUGUUGACAUUCGACAGACCGGGCUGAAGAUAGAUUCUGCCAACGGUAAACAGAUUGUCGAAUAUGGGGAAAAGAUCAAGCGGGUUGUUCAGGCCGUGACCAAUCCUGUGCACCCUGAGAACCCCGGGAUCCAUGGAGUCACAAACUUUGUCUUUACUGAGCCUGUUGAAGACGAUGGCCCCUCUGGAAAAAAGGCGGCAAACACUGUUGUUGUCUCCCCCGGGCGUCUUGAUCGAAGUCCAUGUGGAACGGGCUCCUGCGCUAGAAUGGCUGUUUUACAUGCACGAGGUCAACUCGCCGAGGGAGAGAACUUCCGCCACAUUGGGAUCACAGGUACAGAAUUCCAGUGCAAAAUCAGAGGGACAACCAAGGUUGGAGACUAUCCCGCUGUCUUACCUACCGUGAAGGGCAGGGCUUGGAUUACUGGGAUAAACCAAGUUAUGCUAGAUUCUAGUGAUCCUUUCCCUGAAGGUUUCCGAGUAGGUGACCUGUGGGUUUCAUCUACUUGA